GUUGGAAACUCACCCAAAUAUUUUCGCUAUGACCGGGAUACACAUAAUUUGCUACAAUGUGACCAGUGUCCACCAGGGAGUUUUGUUAAACAAGACUGCACGGUUGAGCAGAGAACAGAGUGUGCCCCUUGCCCGUCCAAUCACUACGCAGACCAGUGGAACUUUGACAAGGAAUGCCAGUUCUGCAGCACCGUGUGUAAGGAACUGCAGUACGUGAAGCAGGAGUGCAACAGCACCAGGAACCGGCAUUGUGAGUGCGCUGCAGGACAUUUCCUGGAUGUGGAGUUCUGCAUCUCCCACACGGAGUGUCCUCCUGGAUUUGGAGUGCUGCAGCAAGGGACUCCAGAGAGUGACACCGUUUGUGGUGAAUGUCCCAAAGGAAUGUUCUCAAAUGUAACAUCUGCCACAGCUCCAUGUAAGAAACAAACCAACUGCAAGAACCUUAGACUCAAAGUGGCUCAUAAAGGAAGCUCUACGGAGGACACCGUGUGUGCAGAGGAAUCGAGAUUCUGUGAGACAGAUAUUAGUCUUUGUGAAGAAGCCUUGUUUCGGUUACCUAAGGCAGCAGCCAACUGGUCGGAUUUACUCAUUCAGAAAUUACCACCAACAGCACUGAUGUUACAGCAAAUAGAGGCAAUUAAACAGAGCUAUGACCCCAAGGAUCAGCCAUUCUAUUUGUUUAAGCUGUACAAGAGUCAAAUCAAAGGGGACAAUUCUUUCAGAAAU